AUGGCGGGUUUGGCUCUUCUAACGCUGUCUACGAUACAUUCGAUUAGUCAGCCGUGGAUGAUCCAUGUCUCACUACUCUUCCUAAUCGCAUUUGGUGCGGGUGGAAUUAAGAGUUGUGUGAAUGUCAUGGGAGCUCAACAGUUCCAUCCUGAGGAGCAUAAAGAUCUUAUUACAAGGUAUUACACCUAUUUCUAUGCUUCUAUCAAUCUUGGUUCUAUUGUUGGUGGUAUUGUCACUCCGAUUUUGGUCGAAUCGGUCUCUUUCACUGCAAGCUUUUCUUUCCCUUUAGUUGCCUUUAUCAUUGCAACGAUUGUUUUUAUUGGGGGUAACUUGAUGGGUCGUUAUGUCAAGCCUAAGCCUCAGGGAUCUGCUGUAUUGGAGAUCCUCAAGGUACUCUUCUUUUCUAUUACGAGGUGCUCCCUGGAAAAGAACAAGGAGUCCAAUGGUGGUCGUUUCAAGGAUGGUUUCAUUGAGGAUGCAAAGGCACUCUUCCGAUUGGUGCCUUUAUUUUCCCUCAUUAUACCUUUCGUGAUGGCUUACAAUAACAUGACGACGGCUUUCCUAACUCAAGGUAAGAAGAUGGACACCAACCUGUUCGGAUGGGAGAUGCCGGCUCAGAUGAUGCAGAACGUGGAUCCUAUUGCCGUGGUUUUGACUAGUGUUUUGGUUGAUACGGUGUUGUUCCCUCUUUUGAAGAGGCGCAACCUAAUGCCACCAGUUCUGGUACGUUUCUGCAUUGGUUCAUUGUGUGGCGCGGCGUCCCUACUCGUGGCUCUUGGUGUGGAAUUCCGCAGUUCUGGUUGA